GCGGACGCGGGCUGCGCCGACCACGACGCCGCUGCAGAGGAGCCCAAGGCGAGCCCGGCUGUGCUUGCUGAGCCGCCGCCCUCCUGUAGCACAGCUGCCGUCGUGGCCAAAACGAAGAGAUCAUCUCGAGAUUGGCGUCCGCCGACGUGA